CUAAUGCACUAGCUAGCAGCUACAGUCAAACUCUAGCAGUAUUUAAAUGGUUUUUUUAGUGUUGUUUCCAAUGUUAGCUACUAUCAAAUGCUUAUGGUUACUGUAAAGAAGCUUAAUCUCUUGAAGUCAAACUCAAGCACUACUUAAACUUAUUUUUAGUGUAUUGUAACAUAAAACUGAAGUUAAUAUAAUUUUGUUUUUGCAUUAGCUUGUUUCCCAGUGUUAGUUACACUGAUGUAUCCUUACUGUAUAAUUCUAGCUAAAAACAUUCACCAACAGACUCUUUUUAGCAUAUCUUUAAUGGUUCAAAUAUACAACUUGUUAUAUCGAGAAGCGAGCAAGAGCAUGAAGUCACACCAAAUGAAGUGAGACUUCAUGAAAUACUUAAAUCAGUCCUUUUAAGUUUAUCAGAUAAUCUUGAUUUCUCUCAGGUGUUUUUUAUGGCUUCAGUCAUUCCUCCAAGAACAUUAAUAGUAAAUACUACUUGGCUUCAUGGAGAGCCAGAACUGGCAGGCAGUGUCUGGCUCUGAGGCAGUCCUCUCUCAUGAAGGAGUGUUCAACACGGCGGCGUUCACAACCCCAAACCACGACCCUUCUGCUAAACAUAGAGAACCUCAGACCAGAUGGCACGACUGGAAACUGGAGCGCUUUGCUUUCGUGUUGGAGAUUAGGAGGAACGCUACGCAAGCAGGGGAAGGCGUGACGAACAAAACCACUACUACCAUGUUUUGGAGAGAUCCCCCCUCACCCCCCCACCCCCCCAGCUCGCCUCCGCUCCAUGGGUUCUUCUUCUACCGUGAUGAUGGUGAUGACCGGUGUAUGAUGUCAGCAGGAGGGCUUAACCUUAUUUAUAAAGCUUUUCAAACCUUCAGAAGCAAGCAAAGCGAGUGCAGAGACACUCCAGCAACCUCCAAGACACCAGAGGAGCUUCUUCUCUUCAGAGGACAGCAACUUAUAACAAGAGGAGUGAGACUUUUUAUUUUUCUGACAACUCUUCAGUGGAUUCGUAAUAUUCAAAAGAAGCCAGGAACCCUGAUAUAGGUGUCAUCACCUGGAUUGUCCCUGAGACGUUUCUCAUUUGUGGUGGAAAGUCAGACUGGAAAGUUUUUUUAUUUUCUUUCUGUUACGUUAUCUUUUUCCGCGUGGGACAGACACUGCUGUGGGAAAAAACUUAUCUUCAAGAUGUUCUGCUCCAGGAGAGUCCUGCAGCAGUGGUGCUUCGCUCUCUUCUUGCUCUGCUCUCCGGUGCCACACUAUGGACGGCCGAUUGAUGCCCUGAGCAACAGAAUUAAGCGCUCUGUGACUCAUGCUCAGCUGAUGCACGACAAAGGCCGGACACUGCAGGACUUUAAGCGACGCAUGUGGCUGCAGGAGCUUUUGGACGAAGUCCACACGGCAGAGAUCCGCGACCUCCCCGUCCGGACCACCGGCGGAGGUGGCAGUAGCAGCGGCGCCGGUGUCGGGCUACCGGGCGUCAGCCUGGGCAUCAACCUGAGCACUACCGGUAGCACCCUGCACUCCAAACCCCCCGGAGGAACCAAGAACCUCCCCAUCAGCUUCCGGCUGGAGGAAGAGGAGGGCACCAACCUGCCUCAGGAGACCAACAAGUCUCAGACAUACAAAGACGGCGUCCUCAAGGCACCCGGCAAGAAGAAGAAGAAAGGGAGGUCCGGGAAGAGGCGGGAAGGAGAAAAGAGGAAGAGAAGAGCACGCUCAUUGGGCUGGAGGCUGGAGGACGAGCCCGGGAGCGGACUCCACCUGGAGUGGAGGUCUCUGUUUGGCCUGCAGAGGGCGCUGCAUUAAAACGCUGUCAGUCUCUGACAAAGAAACCUAUGGACAGUUCGAGUGGACUCCUAAAUAUUCAUGUUACAGUCCUCUGUAAUCGUGAUUGUUUGGAAAGAAAUUGGAAAAUAUUUAUUGUCUGUAAAUAUUCUAAAUAUAGCAGAAUAGAUAGCAGAAUAUGAUUAAAAAAACUUAUUUGAUGCUCUGUGGGGCAACAGAUUUUAAUCUUUGUGAAUCCUUGCUUUUUCUUUUUUUAUUCCAAUUAUGUCAGAUUUUUUUUUUUUUUGCGGUAAUUUAUUUUGUCUGAAUGGUGUAUUUAUUUUGUAAAUGUAUCGAGGUGCUGCUGACCUUCUAUAUUUUUGUACCAUAAUGCACUUUAGAUAUAUAAAUAUAAAUAUAUAUACCAUUAAUUUUGUUCAUUGACUUGUUUUUGUGGUUGAUUGAAAUGAAGAAAAAAACAACGGUCGUCAUUCUGUGUUAUUUUUCAGUUUGAUUCUUGACCUUUUCGCUCUGUUCAGCUGUCCAGUUUUUGUUUCUUUGCUGCUGUUUUUCGGAUGUUUUCCUGCUGUUUGUUGACGAUGCCUCACCUUGUGUUCGACCCCACCUGCUGCCUUCACUGUCUCUGUUUCCUCCACGGCCCGCUCUGCUUCUCAAUGCCAAAGUUCAUAUCUGUACAUAAACCAAACACGUUAACGGCUCGAUAUUGUUGUUUUUGGCACUUGCACUGAGAUAAACACCCUGUACUGAACGGAUUAA